GGAUGCAGCGUCUCAAAGCCGCCGUGAAGCAGUAGUGGACCUGCUCUGAGAAAGAACGCUUGUAUACAAUUUAAUGAAGGAUAACGACUUGUGACGUCACUGUGGGUUUUUGAAGAACAACUAUUUUUUCAGACUAGACGUAAAAACUAAAAAUGAACAUCAGCAGACGCGAACUGGUUAUACCAGUCUGUAUGGUUGCUGUCUUCGUCCUGUGGAUCUCCGGCUCGACAGGUACCACCUUCAUCCCUAAUCUAACAGAGCGCUGUUACAGAUGCCUUUGCUACGUGUCCACAAAAUGUGAUAGGUCUUAUGGCUGUGCGGGGGGAUAUUGUGGCCCGUUCAACAUAUCCAGAGUGUACUGGGUUGAUGCCGGGAAGGUAGUUAUGAAGGAAGACGACCCAGAGAGAAAUCACGCUUGGGCUGAUUGCGCUAGAAAUUAUUUCUGUGCUAAAAAGAUCAUCGAAGGAUAUUUACAAAGAUUUGGCAAGGAUUGCAACGGUGACGGUGUCACCAACUGCUUUGAUUACAUGAUGGUGAACGGUAAUGGCGGAUACGGCUGCACCACGCCUCUCAACAACUCUGAAAACGGCAGGAGAUGGCUGCAGAGAUACUCCGAGUGCCAGCUUUAGACUCUAAUACAAUAUUCUAGUACCACCAGAUUAAACUAUUUACGGUCGAUUUCGGUUGCGGUCGUAAAAAUAGAACGAUUGAGUGUACUGACUAUAAUAUUGUCAAUUUUCAUCAAACAAGAGAAUAUACGUACAUAGGUAAUAUCAA